AUGGAUCCUACGAGAGCUUUUGUCAAACAUGUCAAGCGCGUCGUGUUUAAGUUGGAUAUAACUUCAUCCCAGCUUCUAGUCACAGAAAACGAUUUCAAAAAUCGCGAUUUCCGAAUACAGCUUUCUCAAACCGUAAAUUCGCUGUUAUCUCUAAGAAGCAUACCGAUUUUCAACGAAAACGAUGCCAUCAGCACCCGACGAGCUCCAUAUGAGGACUCGACAGGAAUAUUCUGGGAUAAUGACAGCCUGGCGGCCCUGCUGGCGCUCGAGCUGAAAGCUGACCUUCUCGUCUUAUUGAGUGAUGUCGAGGGCCUGUACAGUGGGCCCCCGAGCGACCCAAACUCGAGGCUUAUACAUACUUAUGUGAAGCAAAAGCAUCAAGGGGUAAUAACGUUCGGGGAUAAAUCGAGGGUCGGCCGAGGAGGGAUGACCGCUAAAGUUAAAGCGGCCGUCAAUGCAGCUGAUUCCGGCACCCCUGUCAUUAUAGCCAGCGGUUUUGUGCCAAACAACAUAGCAAGGGUGUUGGAAGGGCAGCGUAUCGGCACUUUGUUUCACCAAGACGCGCACACAUGGGCCUCAUUGGAUGAGAUUGGUGCUCGUGAAAUGGCGCUUGCGGCAAAAGAGUGUUCUUUGGCCUUACAGAGCAUUUCUUCUGAUGAGAGGAAACAAAUUUUGUUGGACGUUUCGGACGAGUUAGAGGCAAAAGCAUCUCUUAUUGAAAUCGAGAAUGAAGCUGAUGUGGCGGCAGCCCGUGCAGCCGGUUAUGACGAGUCAUUAAUUUCUCGAUUGGUAGCAACUCUUGCAAGGAAUAUUCGCAUCAUUGCUGACAUGGAAGAACCGAUUGGUCAGAUAGUGAAGAAAACUGAGCUUGCAGAAGGACUUAUUUUAGAGAAGACAACAUGUCCAUUGGGUGUUUUACUGAUUAUCUUCGAGUCGCGUCCCGAUGCUCUAGUUCAGAUUGCUUCCUUAGCCAUACGAAGUGGGAAUGGGCUGCUGCUUAAAGGAGGCAAAGAGGCUCGGCGUACAAAUGCAAUCCUUCACAAGGUGAUAACGAAUGCCAUUCCUGAUACAGUUGGUGAAAAACUAAUCGGAUUAGUUACGUCGAAAGAGGACAUUCCGGAUUUGCUCAAGCUUGACGAUGUGAUUGAUCUUGUGAUCCCGAGAGGAAGCAAUCGACUCGUUUCGCAGAUUAAGGCUCAGACGAAAAUUCCUGUUCUUGGUCAUUCAGGCGUGACACUAUACGGUGGACCACGAGCGAGUUCUCUGCUAGAUGUCCCGGAGGUCAAAUCUUUUCAUCACGAGUACAACUCAAGGGCUUGCACGAUCGAGAUUGUGGACGAUGUGAAAGCUGCCGUUGAUCACAUUCGUAAACACGGAAGUGGCCAUACGGAAUGCAUUGUUGCCGAAGAUAAAGAGACUGCCGAGUAUUUCUUACAUCAAGUCGACAGUGCUGCUGCUUUUCACAACGCAAGCACUCGAUUCUGUGAUGGGAUGCGUUUCGGUCUUGGGGCAGAGGUUGGAAUUAGCACGAGCAAGAUACAUGCUCGAGGUCCGGUUGGUGUUGAAGGACUACUAACGACAAAAUGGUACGUCUAA